AUGAACAAACUCUUCAAUCAUCAUCAUCACUCGGUGGAAUUUCUCUACCUUUUUAUUGUUAUAUCAUUGUUGGGAGUUACAUGUUGUUUUGGACAAGGUAGUAUAUUUCAAGAUAAUGAUCAACCAGAUAGAUUAUCAAUGAUGAAAUUGUAUAAGAAUAAAUUGGAUGAUCAAUUGGAUAAUAUCAGAAUUAUGAAACAAAAUGUGAUGGCAUUAAGGGAUGCAAACGAUAUCAUUACUCCCUAUGUUGAUAAUUUAAAUAUUGAUAAGGUUCAAUUACAAUCCAUCAUGGACAAGGCUACUAGCGAUUUAAUUUCCCUCAUCCGACAAGAACAAGAUUUAUUGAUGAAACAACAAAUUAUCGGAUCUUCCAUUGCUGUACUUUCUCAGAGAAGAAAUGGUGCUGAUUUAUUAGCAGAUCAAACACAAUUUAACUAUGUACCAGGUACUAAGUGCAUUUGUUUUGAUCUUAAUUCUGGAAAGUCGUGUAAACCUGAGGAAAUGGCCUCUGAAAAUUUAUUCUCAAUCAAUGAAACUCAAUGGUAUGAUGGAUCUAUUGUGAAAAGUCUCACCUCUGUUUCGAACUAUAUCCCAACUACAUGUAGAGAGUAUUUGACCAAUUUUUAUGUUGGAAAGACAGGAAAUGGAUUGUAUAUUGUAAAACCCUCUGCUGAAUUCCCAGCAUUUCCAGUGUAUUGUGAUAUGAGUAAGGGAGGAUGGAUUUAUUUGAAUGGAAUUCAAAAUCAUGAGACUCCUUUCAAGCAACCAAUUACCCCUAUCACUCCAGAUCUUGUGGAAUCAAUUGAAUUUAGAUCAUUGAUCAAGUUGGCUAAUCAAGUCAAGUCAAUGGUUGGUGAUGAAUGUGCAAUUUCAUAUGAUCCUGAUGAUUAUCAUGAAAGGACAAUGAAAAAGUUGUGUACCGUUGAUGGAUUUUCCACUCCAGGUAAAUUUGUCAGUUUCUUCCAAUAUUUCAUCAGAUAA